AGAGAGAGAGACAGAAACGCCUCUAAAAUUAUUCAAAAUUUGCCGUGAUUGUUGCAUUCUAUACCAAUCGUUUUAAACGAAAAUCUCUUCACAUCGAAGGUCGUCGAAACGAGGCGGAAGAGAUAAUUUCCAAUUCCUUACGCGAACUUCCUUCGUUUGUACGCUCGAUCAAAACUUCGAUUAGACUGUGCUUAUGCUUCAGAGUAAUAUAGACAAGACACGUUUCACGGAAGAUUAUUAUAGUUUCACAAGUGAGGCAAGUGCGUCGCGAUUGCAUCUCACUCGGAAAACUUUUCGAAGUAUCUUGGUGCAAAUAGAACCUAGACCAUCCCGUUGUCUCAAUCUCCGUUGAACGAACCGACAGCGAGCGAAGUGGUAAGACGCGGUACAUCGAUACCAGUCCAGUAUCCUUUUCAACGCGAGCAAAUGUGAAAUAAAUCUAGCGAUCACUUCGAUGUUUUCAAAGCUCUAUCGUUGAAAAUUUUUAAAAGCUCCGAAGGAAUUCAUGAAACGUAGAUUCUCGGAAUUUUUUUUAUCUCAGAAUUCUGAACGCUGUGCGUUAUCGUGCAUCGACAGUUGCAUCUUACAAUAAUCGUUUCAUCGAAGCGAGAAUCUCCUCGCUCAUCGAAGGUCAUCGUGAAGUGAAGCGGGGGAGAGAGAGAGAUAGAGAAGGGAAAGAGAUUGAAGAUCUCGCUUCUCCGCGUGUGAACUUUCGUCGAUUCUCGGCCCAGGGGAUCAGCUUCUGACGUGAUUCAUCGAGGUCGCCGGUUGAGCGGGUCAGGGACGAGGAAGGUGGAUCGGCUCGUGUACUCGCCCGACUUCAGGUCGACGCACGUCGAUGCGCGGCAACCUGGAUUUCCGCGCCAUUUACCGCGACAACAAGGCUUCGGGCACGCUCGGAUGCGUCACACUAUCUUCGUCGUCGUCGUGACGAUAACGUUUCGCAUCGAGUGUGAUAACGAGGCCGUCAUUGUUGUCGCGUUGUCGUUGCUCGCCGAGAGUUUAUCGAACGUUUACGGAUUCGCUGUUGCAAGUGCGUCUUUUUGAUCGCGGCGCGGGUUCGAUCCUUUGAGAGAUGCGGGACGAAAUCGAUCGGAAUAGUAGAGUGAAUGCCGAUUUCUUGAAAGAGUGCAGAGAUAUUCGUGGAUAGAGCAUAUUUUUAUCGGAUGUUGAAGCGCGAGAUAUACAUAUGAUAUGUAAUAAUUGAUUACGUCAUUAAAAAUCGUAAAUUGUCCGUACAAAAGAAGAGAUAAAUGAAUUUGUCACAACAGGAGUCACGUACUUUGCUGACUUGAGAUUCUUAUUCCAGCAGUUACGUAAGGACAAAGGAUUAUUUGCGAUUCCUUUCUACCUGGAGAAAUAAAUGUAUUUAUGCAGCAGGAGUAUAAUUAAGGAAUCAUUAAAAGUGUAACAAUAUCAUAGUAUCGAUAACGCGUAAUGCAAUAACGGCGCCUUGUGAACGAAGAAUGAGACAGUGGCAAACCGCUUCCGAAGAUACCUUUAUUAUCUAUCGAACUGCGAUAACGUUGCACACGCCGACUGACAGGUCAUUGUCAAUUAUCUGCACGAGCGCUUAUUAAGGCGCUCGGAGGUUCGUUAAAACGGUAUCCCGUCGAUUAGACUCGCCGUGGAACAACGUCGGAGCACACCUCCGUUGAGCGUCGCGUCUCCGCUUCUGCCUCUCUUUGUGGUGCGUCUUGAGAUACUCUUUCCGUCACGCUCGUCGCCGAUCGCCGGAGUCAAAAGGACGGUGGUAUAAAGGCGAAUGAAAUAUUGAGGAAAUACCGAGGCGCGACACGCAAGACCGAUGCGAUACGCGUCUGUUCUUUCAACGUUCUUUCGGUGAAUGGUGAUCGGGUCCCCGAAGAGAAAGAUCUCUUCCUUGAGAGAAGGAAGCAAAACACAGCCGACAGAGAUACGUUGCCGUUGAACGCGAGCGAAAGGAAGCUUGCUCGUCGAGGAAGAUUUAUCGUCUCGCAAUUCGACAUCUUUGCUGAAAAAACCGUCCUGCAGCCAGGCAUCUUGAAGAAAUGGGAUUGGUAGAACGAGAAGCCGAGAUGCAAGAAUUGAAUACUCCUAGACCUGGAAGAUCGAGAGAUCUCUUCGGAGUGCAAUUGGAGGUUACUUCAUUACUCUUGGAGGGUGAGCGCCGCAAAUUGGCAGUCUUGCAAAGGGAAUUGCAAGCAGCUCUCGAGGAAGGUGGAAGCGUAAAAGUGAAGGAGAAGCAGCGACAGGAAUUGCUGCAUGCUAUAUCGAAAAUUCAAGGACAACACGAGCAACUCGACAAAGAGUACAGGAUUCACGCUGCCGGUGUUCUCCUAUGCAACUCAAGGGGCUCCGGAAAGGUAAGGACAGCAGACGACCAUUAUUCUUUCUUUUUUAUUCGCGAUUCGCAGAAGACAAAUGAUCUUCUCGAUUAUUGCUGCGCGACGAAUUAUCGUCCUUUGCGAAACUCGAGCACUGUCGUUCGUUGACAUUUGACGCCCGAGUUUUCUCUGUUGCUCCUUCAAUCGGGUCGAUAGUUCCUUCAAGAUAACGAUGUCGCACUAAUCGACAUUCUCGUCAAAGUACUCUCGUAAAUGUUCUACUUCCGUCCAAUUUUCAUGAAUCGGAUAAUGUAGGACAUUUUUGACUAAUUACGCUUCUCAUUUAAUGACAGAUACCAUUUGAAUAAGUAAAAAAACUUGCCUUUUAGAGAAAAAUAUUUGAACAGAAGAUAAUGAAAAUGAAUCGUUGAUGAUGUAUAAACAAAUUCAAAUAAUUCGUCAAAUUGAUAUAAACAAUAACGCUUAAUGUAAACUGUUACGUGAAAACGAUAAUGGAUAUUUUAAAUGAUCAGAAUGAUUGGUUACAAAUCUGUUGUUUUAAUUAUAGAAUUUUUAUUAUAAAAUCAAUUAGGACAGAAUAUUUGAAUAUUUGAACGUACGUUAUUGUUAACAAUUCACAUACGUAACAUGUGAAUAUAUCUAUAGCAUUAAUCUAAAAUAAACUGAUUUAGUUAUCAACCGACAUAAAUUUUUUCUCUUUUUUAAAAGCAAUUGAAAUAAAUUUUUUAAAAACAAAAUAUUUUUUUAUUAGCAGUGUUAUAAAUAUGAUCUGGAGUUGAUUGGAUACUCUUUUAACAUUGGAAAUUAAGCAAAUAUUAGCAAUUCAUGUCUAUGUUCAUUUUCGAAUCGAUUAAUUCGGAAAGAUUUCUCAGAUUUUUGCGUAAUUAUAAAAGAUCAAUGAUCGCAGAAAUUACUGAAAAGAAAGAAGAGCUCUUUAGCGAAAUUUUUUUUUUUAACCCAUUGGUCCUACCUCUUUAUUGUUACGCUCGAUAUCUGUAACAAUCACUUCGCUUCCAGGAGCUCUCAGGAAGCUUUAGUAAGCUCCGGUAAGCUGUUAUUAGACUCGGUACAUAAUAGACUGGCUGCCUCGCUUCGUUCCGCUUUGCAUCGUCGGACCUUCAAACGACGCUCGCGCGCGUGUCGCUUUAUUCCUUUCAUUAAAUAAUCUUAACGCAAGAAAUUCAUAAGGAGCCUACUACAGAGUCGCUAAAUGUACUCUUUUCUUACUUAUUCGUGUCAAUAAUUACGUUUCGCAAUGCAUUAACAUAGUUUCUUAUUACGCAUUCUUGUUAUCAUCAUUAUAAUUACGUUUUUUCUUGAGAGCAUGCUUCGCGAGGACCGUAACGCUAACGACACUGUAGAGAUAUAAUGAACGAUAAUGUAACGGUAUCUACUUACUAGAUUUUGUAAAAAUAAUCGCUAUUAUACACACAUACACACACACACUCAUUUUAAUUAUUAAUUUCAUCCGCAUAUUAAAAAAAAUGUUUUCUAGAAAUUAUUACUAUGAUUGGACUUUAUUAAUAUUAAAAGUGUUUUUGAAAAAUAUAUUAUAAAUUCCGUAAUUUUUAAAUAGUA